ACCUUUCACCCCAGCAUGGCUGCGCCCUUGGGACCAGUGAAGUUCUGGAAACCCGGUACAGAAGGGCCAGGUGUCAGCAUCUCUGAAGAGAGACAAAGUGUCGCCGAGAACUCUGGGACAACCAUCAUUUACAAUCCCUACGCAGCCCUUUCCAUAGAGCAGCAGCGCCAGAAGCUGCCUGUGUUCAAGCUUAGGAACCACAUUUUGUACUUGGUAGAAAACUAUCAGACUGUGGUGAUUGUCGGAGAAACAGGAUGUGGGAAGAGCACCCAGAUUCCUCAGUACCUGGCAGAAGCGGGCUGGACAGCCGAGGGACGAGUGGUCGGAGUGACCCAGCCUCGAAGAGUGGCCGCCGUGACAGUUGCAGGGAGAGUGGCUGAUGAAAGGGGCGCAGUGCUGGGCCACGAGGUGGGCUACUGCAUCCGCUUUGAUGACUGCACUGACCCACUGGCGACAAGAAUUAAGUUCCUUACGGAUGGGAUGCUGGUCAGGGAAAUGAUGGUUGAUCCAUUGUUAACAAAAUAUAGUGUCAUCAUGCUGGACGAAGCCCAUGAGAGGACCUUAUAUACAGACAUUGCUAUUGGCUUGCUGAAGAAGAUUCAGAAAAAGCGAGGGGAUCUCCGCCUGAUUGUGGCCUCAGCUACUCUGGACGCAGAGAAAUUUCGCGAUUUCUUCAACCAAAAUGAAACCAAUGACCCAGCCAGGGACACCUGUGUGAUCCUCACCGUGGAAGGACGGACAUUUCCAGUGGAUAUCUUUUACCUACAAAGUCCUGUUCCAGAUUAUAUCAAGGCAACCGUGGACACUGUGGUGAAGAUCCACCAGACAGAGGGAGAUGGAGACAUACUAGCCUUUCUCACUGGCCAGGAAGAAGUAGAAACUGUCGUGUCCAUGUUGAUUGAGCAGGCUCGGGCGCUUGCCCGCACCGGGAUGAAGAAACACCUCCGUGUUCUCCCGAUGUAUGCAGGACUGCCUUCUUUUGAGCAAAUGAAGGUGUUUGACAGGGUGUCACACAGCGUGAGAAAGGUGAUCGUGGCCACCAAUGUGGCAGAGACUUCCAUCACCAUCAGUGGCAUUGUGUAUGUGAUUGACUGUGGCUUUAUGAAGCUUCGCGCCUACAACCCCAGGACGGCCAUUGAAUGCUUGGUGGUGGUACCCGUGUCUCAGGCAUCAGCCAACCAGAGGGCAGGACGUGGUGGGCGCAACCGCUCCGGAAAGUGUUACCGCCUUUAUACAGAGGAAGCCUUCGACCAGUUACCCCAGUCCACCGUCCCAGAGAUGCAGCGCAGCAAUUUGGCCCCCGUCAUCCUGCAGCUGAAAGCCCUAGGGAUCGACAAUGUCCUCAGGUUCCACUUCAUGUCUCCCCCGCCAGCACAGUCGAUGGUCCAAGCCUUGGAGUUACUCUAUGCUCUCGGAGGUCUGGACAAAGACUGUCGCCUAACUGAGCCACUUGGCAUGAGAAUCGCAGAGUUCCCUCUGAACCCCAUGUUUGCCAAGAUGCUGCUGGAAUCAGGAAACUUCGGCUGCUCUCACGAGGCCCUGAGCAUCGCCGCCAUGAUGCAGAUCCAGAAUGUCUUCGUGUUUCCCUCAAACCAGAAGUCUCAGGCGACUCGAGUGCACCGGAAAUUUGCUGUGGAGGAGGGUGACCAUCUCACCAUGCUCAAUGUGUAUGAAGCAUUUAUCAAACACAACAAGAGCUCCCAGUGGUGUCAAGAGCAUUUCCUGAAUUACAAAGGCCUUGUCAGAGCUGCCACUGUGAGAGAACAGUUGAAAAAGCUCCUUGUCAAGUUCCAGGUGCCCAAGAUGUCCAGCGAAGGUGAUCCAGAUCCGGUCCUGAGGUGCAUCGUGUCGGGAUUCUUUGCAAAUGCAGCACGGUUUCACUCCACCGGAGCAUAUAGGACUAUCCGUGAUGAUCAUGAGCUGCACAUUCACCCUGCCUCAGUCCUCUAUGCGGAGAAGCCACCCCGCUGGGUUAUCUACAAUGAGGUUAUACAGACCUCCAAGUAUUACAUGCGGGAUGUGACGGCCAUAGAAUCUGCUUGGCUGCUGGAGCUGGCUCCACACUUUUAUCAACAAGGAACGCACCUGUCCCUGAAAGCCAAAAGGACCAAGGUCCAGGACCAAUGACUGGAGCUCAGCAGGUGGCUGCGGGGACAGUUUGGCACCCUUCCUUCAUGUUGUUUCUGGCACCAGCUCAGGUGGAACAGGCAGCCACUCUGGUGUGGGCUGCACUCUGCUCAUUAGCCCCCCUCUUCCUG